AUGACGUGUGUUGUUGUUGUUGCGUCUCACAGGUCGGCCGAGCGCAGGCGUAGCUCCGUGGUAGUGAGUCUGCCGGGACUCGAGGUGUUCCCCGGAGACCUCCUGGUGUCAGACAGUGCCACGGACCACCUGCCCACCGCGGCCCUCCUGCUAAGCGCAGAGUCCAAAAAGCCAAGGUGGCCAUUUGCCAAAAGAGGAGUUGGUAAAGACAAACAGAAGCAAGCAUCUGAUCUGGAAAACUGUCUUUCAACCAUUAAGAUCAUAGACUGCAGCACAUAUGAAUUUUUCUGCUUUAAGAGUAAAUCUUGGCAUGAAUUUAUAAAAGAGCAACAGACUGAGCAGAAAGAUGUCGACAGCCGGUUAGAAGUGAAAAAAGAAGCAGCAGUGUGGGAACUUUUCACAAGUGAAUGCACUUACUUUCUGGAUCAUUUGCUGGUUCUCAAGAUGAUAUUUAUGAACACUCUAAAAUACCUGCAGUGUAAUGAAUUUCUCUUGGAUGUGGAUUUGUGGAGACUUUUUGCAAACUUAGAGGAGUUAAACAAGAUAAGUCACAGUUUUCUGAAAACUUUUUUUGAAACUGUGAAGCAGCACAUCAGCAAGUCAGACUCUCCUAUGGGUUUCAGCUCCAUACUCAGAAAGUUUUUCCAGGGUGACCUCUGCCAGACACACCAGAUUUAUUGCCUUAAUUAUACCUCCGCUGUCUUCUACUUGGAAAACCUGAGACAGAGAGAAGAUUUUGGCAUCUACCUGAAAUGGUGCGAACAAAACGAACAGUGCAGGAGGCUGCAUCUGCCGGAGCUGCUGGUCGCUCCUUUGCAUCGCCUGACGCGCUACCCACUCCUCCUUGACAACAUCUGGAAGAGGAGCACUGACGAAACAGAGAAAGGCUUUAUCUGGUCCCUCAAAGAGAAGGUGGAAAAGUCCAUACGGGAUCUGGAAGGUAAAGUCAAGUGGUUGGACAACUUUCAGAAGUUCAGGCAGCUGCAAGAGGUCAUAAUUUGGCCUCAGGUCUGGGAUCGUGACAAGAGAUUCUUUGUUCCAGAGUGUUUGAAGCAAAGCAUCAGAGAAAACAACAGCAGUGAAAACAUUUUGUCUUCAGCGAACAGACUUCUCCUUCAUGAAGGGAGACUAACGCUAGCAGAAAGCACAAGACUCCUUGAUGCCUACCUCUUCCUAUUCGAUGAUCUCCUGUUAAUUACCAAAAUUAAACGUAACAAAAAGAAAUACGGGGGCUCAGACACCAGCUUAAUCCCUGUCUGUCCUUCCCUCACUCCUGAGCUGCAGUCCUUCAUAAGGGAGGGAGGAUUUUGCACAGUCCUAGACCAGCCCAUCCCGCUAGACAGACUGAUACUGAAAAACGUUGACCCCAUCCACGUUACAGUCUUCAGCCUGCGAAAUGCCUUCCUAAUACAGCAUGAAAAUAGGUAUCAUCAGUGCAUAGCAGUUUUCUUGCUACAAGCUCAGACAGAGACUGCCAAGAAAACAUGGAUGUCACAGAUAGAAACGGCAAUCUCCAAUUAUACCGCACAUCGUGAAACCAAGAAAAGCACUGCUUUCUGCUUCCCAGCUGAAUCCUCUGAAAUUUAA